UCGGCGAUGGCAAAUAUCACUCCCAUUCUCUACACAGCUACGGCAACUGAAAGUGUGAACAAUGACUAUGCCUAUCCCUUUCUCUCUCCUCAUGAACAUUCUCUUCCUCUUUCUUUCUCUCUCCUUAACUCGCUACUCUGCCACCGCAAACCACCACAAUGCACCGCAAGAUCUGGUCCGAUCAUCCUGCCUCCAUGCAAGCUACCCCGACCUCUGCAUCCGCACACUCUCCUCCUGCUCCGGCUCAGCCAAUACACCGCGAGACAUAGCCCAAGCCGCCGUGAAUGUCAGUGUCGAACGCGCGCGUGGAGUUUCAAAGAACUUAAACGCGCUCUCAGCAGGACUUAAAACAAAGAGAGAACGAGUCGCACUGAGCGACUGCGUAGAACAAAUAUCUGAUACAGUGGACGAGUUGAGCAGCACAUUGAGCGAGUUGAAGCAUUUGAGAGGCGAAACGUUUCAGUGGCAGAUGAGCAACGCAGAGACAUGGGUGAGUGCCGCUUUAACAAACGAGAACACUUGUCUUGAUGGUUUUGAAGAAGUUGAAAGCAAGGUGAAAGGUGAUGUGAAGCGACAGAUCACAAAUGUGGCUAGGGUUACUAGUAAUGCUCUGUAUAUGAUUAAUCGUCUUGAUGAGAGCCGCGGUAGGUCCAGAUUGGUUACUCCUUGAUGGAUGGUUCCGAUUGAUGAUAGAUAAGUAAUUAAUUACUCGUACUUGUUAUGUCUAUUUCUUUUUUCUUGUUUUGAUUUUUUGUUCGCUAUUUUCAUCUGAAGCUGUAUGUAUGUACUAUCUUACUGCUUAAUAGUCAUGCUCUGUGAAGUUAAACCAAAAAUAAAAUAAAAUUCAUGCUCUGUAGUGUGGUGUGUAGUA